ACCGCUGCUGCUAUCUACAUCAGGGGGAAAAAGUCAAACCGAGUAGGAGAAAAGUGCGAGUGUGAGGAGUAGUGAGUUUUCCAGCAGGCAAGCAGAAGCAUCUCGGUCGGCACGGGACGGGCGCCCACUUUUGUGCGAAAAUCUCCAGUGAAAAGUUACUCUGUCCGGUGUCCGGUGUGUCGCGCCGUUUAUCAAUGAAAUCCGUUCCGUCGCGAUCCGAGCAGGCUGGUGGUGCAGUGUAGAGCUAGCUUCCGCGAGAACGCAACCGGGAAACAACGGCCACGGCCUACUCUGCGUGCGAGCGAACCCUUCCCUGAACACGGUGAUGGUCUCCCCUCCCGCACACACAGCAAUUCAACAGUUCAAAUAAAAAUCAAGCAAGUUUGGUACGGUGUGUGACUCCCAUCUUUCUUUUUUUUUCUCCACACCGUUGUCGUUUUUCUCGGGAAAACGGAAAAACUGUUUGUGUGAGAGUGGUCGUGGAAAUCACCAGUGGAAAAGUGGAAAUCUUUACUGCCGAAUUCGAGUUUCGUUUCUUCGCAAAGUGUGCAAGAAGGAGCUCUUCUCGCGUUAAUUCGUAAUCACCAAGUGCUAAAAUGAAAGGAGAAGAAUAAAGGAAAACAUCUGUUUAUUUAGUGAUGUAUUUAACAUAAAUACACCGGGAUCGGCAAAAAGAGAAGCCAAACGCACUUGAAGGAAGAGAGAGAAAAAAAUUCAGAACAACUCUGAAAAAAGACUGAUAAAUAAAUAAGAGAUCACCGAAACGUGUAAACAACGCGAAACGGAUCGAGAAACACACAGAUACGAGCAUUGUACGGAAGAAGGGUGUGUGUUGCGUCACGCAUCCAGGACCAGCCGCGCGACAGCAUCUCGGUUUCGGAACGGCCACUGCCAGCAGCUAACGACACACCAGCAGGUCAUCAGCAUGGGAUGCGCAUCGUCUGCCGAGGAACGUGCGGCCGUCGCACGGUCCAAGCAAAUUGAACGCAACCUUAAAGAGGAUGGCAUCCAGGCGGCGAAGGAUAUCAAACUGCUGCUGCUCGGCGCUGGUGAAUCUGGAAAAAGCACAAUCGUAAAACAGAUGAAAAUCAUUCACGAAAGUGGCUUCACGUCAGAGGACUUCAAACAGUACCGGCCGGUGGUGUACAGCAACACAAUCCAGUCGUUGGUGGCAAUACUGCGAGCGAUGCCCAACCUGAGCAUCGCCUUCGGAAAUAACGAGCGGGAGUGUGACGCAAAGAUGGUGUUUGACGUGGUGCAGCGGAUGCACGACACAGAGCCAUUCUCGGAAGAUUUGCUGUUAGCGAUGAAAAGACUGUGGUCCGACAAUGGUGUGCAGGAAUGCUUCUGCCGCAGUAACGAGUACCAGCUGAACGACUCGGCUAAAUACUUCCUUGACGACCUAGACCGGUUGGGAGCGAAAGAUUAUCAGCCUACUGAGCAGGAUAUUCUACGGACACGUGUCAAAACAACCGGUAUCGUAGAGGUGCACUUCUCCUUCAAGAACCUUAAUUUCAAACUGUUUGACGUCGGUGGCCAGCGGUCCGAGAGAAAGAAAUGGAUCCACUGCUUCGAGGAUGUCACCGCCAUCAUCUUUUGCGUGGCCAUGUCGGAGUACGAUCAGGUGUUACACGAAGACGAAACCACGAACCGUAUGCAGGAGUCGCUGAAGCUGUUCGACUCGAUCUGCAACAACAAAUGGUUCACGGAUACCUCAAUCAUUCUGUUCUUGAACAAGAAGGAUCUGUUCGAGGAGAAGAUCCGGAAAAGUCCGCUGACAAUCUGCUUCCCCGAGUACACCGGUGGCCAGGAGUACGGCGAGGCAGCGGCCUACAUCCAGGCGCAGUUCGAGGCUAAAAAUAAGUCCACAUCAAAGGAAAUCUACUGUCACAUGACGUGUGCAACGGACACCAACAACAUUCAGUUUGUGUUCGAUGCCGUCACCGAUGUGAUCAUCGCGAACAAUCUGCGGGGCUGUGGCCUGUACUAAGGCGGGACCGUGGCUGGGCCAUGGCUAUAUUUUAUUUUUCGUUUUUUUUAUACUACGAUUUUUACCAGUACACUCUCUUUAUGCUUUUUUUUUUGUAACAGGGAAGAUGAGACAACAGUAAUUAUUACAAAUUUGACUACAAAGUAUGUAGAGAUGCGAGAGAGGAAAACGGUAGAAAAGUUUAUAUUACAAUGAAGGUGGGUUGAAACGGAACACAGAAAGCGCCACAAUGUGAGAAAUUGAGAAAUAGAAAAAAAAAAGUAUGGUAAAAGUGUGCAGGAAAAGGAUGAAACAAGCAAGAAUAUCGGUGUUCAUUACAGAAGAAUAGUACAUAUUUUACUAUUUUUUCAAACACUACAUUUAAUACAAAAACAUGAACAGACACUUGAUCGCAAUGCAGAAAUAUUUAAGGCUUCGAAGCUCAAGUCAUUUGAGGGGGCAGUUCACAAUUCAGCACAAAAAACCGUAAAGAUUCAUUUCACUCUCUGCUCUCAUACUCUCAUACAUGUAUCGUCUCUUUGUUUGCUCUAAAGUUUACAAACUAAGUUUAUUUAUUGCGUAUUCAUUUAGAACAAUUUGGAAGAAACUAAGUUAGACAAAAAUCAACAAAUAUGCUUACAGCCAGGCUUUAGUUGUGACCAAACCAAAUCGCAGAAGGCUGGGAAGCCUUCAAAAUCAAAAAGCUCAAAGUGCGAGUCGCGUAGCUUGACAGCGUAAAAGAACAAAGCAUGCCAUGAAAUUUUAUGUUUAUACACACACAUGCAAAUGCAUCCGAAUUGUACAUACAACUACUUUAUUUGAUAAGAGCUUACAAUAUGUAAAAAAAAAACUGAACGAAUGUGAAGCAAGCAAAAUCGUGCAAAAUUGUAAACAACGCGCACUUAUUUAUUUAUUUACAACUUUAAUUGUAUUUCUAGGGUUUAUUUAUUUCACAUUUGCUUUCAGCUAUUCCAUUGGAAAAAUCACAAAUAAUGCAAUCAAUUGCACAACACAGGAGGAUUGAGCAUCUCACUAACAUUCCUGACCGCACACACUGCUGCUUUGGCCGGAAAAUGUGACCAAAACAGUUCGGCAGAAAACUGCAAAGUAUUAUUGCUUUUUGUGCAUUCCUUCGUGUACAAAACAAGUCUUUUUUGAGCUUCAAUGCCACAUCAAUUUUCUCGAAUCUCGAAUUUAAUUUAUUUCUUAUGAGAAAUUGUGAUCGCAGCAACCUUUUAUUGUUUACAACUUAAACUGAAAAAAUCAGACGGUUUGUUCUACACAGCUAUGAAAGCUUGCUCUGAUCGCUUGCCUUUUUCUUUCUAAAUUCCAUAAUUUCGUACAAAAUUGCCAGAAUCGCAUUUUCGUAGUUUUUCCACUUCUCUCAACUGAAUAACUUCCGCAGUGCGAGAAGCUGAAAUAUCCCCUCUCUCACUCUCGUCCUUCAGCAUACUUCCAUCUUUGCUGUGAGAGAAUCAAAGCGGUUUUGUUCUCUCUCGCAGAUGAGAGUGAGUGGGGAAACAUUUCGUUCGCUGAAAACUACGCGAAUAUGAUUCUGGGCUUGAAAAAGAGAAGGGAAAAGUGUCCGAUUAAAUUAGUUUAACUUUAUUUUUUUUUUUUCGCACUCACAUGCAGUUUAGAAAAAUGAGAUCAAUACUUGGUAGAGCGAAAGAAGUAAACAUUAAGAGAACAAAACAAAACCCUUUGUCAUCAUUUGUGCCAAUUUUGUAGGAAAAAAGAUGCAUGUUUGUACACUAGAUUUUGUACGUUACUCACACUCAAAAAAAUUCGCCCUUCUCGCCAUUACCAGAUAUAGGACAGAUUUUCAAUAGAACCAAAAUCAUGUGAGAAAUUCGUGAUAAGCUGCGGAAAUUGCGUGAUUUUUAAAGAUAUUUUACCAUGAAAAAUAUUCUCAGACGAAAAUAUUAUUUUCGAAAAAUCAUGCAAAUUUUGUCAGCGAUAUCCAACAGUGGUCUUUCGGAUUGUUCUGUGAGCAUUUAGUUACAUCCUGUCGUGAGCGAACACCCAACCAAAAUGGAACGCCGAAAAUUCACGAAAUCACAAAUGACCAAAAACAAUAUUUUUAUAAGAGGAAAUUACACACUUCGUACAAAUGACUAAUGUGUUAGUGACAAAAACCGGUAAGAUGUUAGUCUCUAUUUUUUCUAAACUGUUGCAUUGCGUUGGAGAAUCACACAAACACACACACCUACAAACACGAACACAAACACAACUAUUAGCUUUACGUUCCGGUUUGAGAUAAUUUUGACAAUCGUCCAACUGUUGUGUUGAUUCAUGGUACAACAAGUAGCGAAAGUGUUAGAAAGCGAUUUCGGUUCUGAAUAUAUAAGGUAGCAAGCCAUGCUCCAGCAUAGCCGGCCAUGAUUGUGUGUUUGUCAAGCAACAUGGCCUUCUAAGCCCAGGAUCGGGAGGAUUUGAAACUUUUCCAUGCAGGGUUGAAAUCGCCUACUUAUAAAUAUGUAUUAAAAACAAUUUUUGCAAUCACUUUUUUCUCUCCACUAAUCAAACGGAAAAAAGCACCGUGCGACAGGCCAAUCAUUACGCUUUGAUUUAAAGUUAAAUCACAGACGCAAAAAUGAGCAAAGAAAGCAUCCUACUUCCGCACACAUUAUAUUGCGCGAAACGAUUUAGAAUUAUUAUUAAACCCAAAUUUAAAUUCUAGUCACCCGCAGCUGAACAACAACCAAAAUCUCUAACUUGCGACAACCACAAAUGACGCAAUCAAAACUUUUUAGCCUCUAGAUUUGACGAUUUUAGUUUUCUUUUGUACAACGAGACAAAUUUGUUUUUUUGUUUAAAUUUAGCACAUGACCAAAGCCAUAAGGGAGCACAUAACUUAGAUCGACGACGUGUCACGUCUCUGGUGACGCUUUUUGCGUUAUGAUUAAGCAUUAUUUAAAGAAGAAAGAAAAAACACGAACACUGUUCACUAAAAUUUGAUCUAUUAUCACCAAAUAUGGGGAUGGAAAUCUUGCGCAUUUAGCUAAAAACAACCAUUCAAAGCAUAAUUUAAAAAAAAUACAGCUGCUAUUAUUAAAACUAAUUGAAACAAACAAAAAAGUUAGAAUAUAUUCGACGAAAUAUAUCCGCUUACAAAAUAUUAUUAGUCUAUUUUUGAAGAAAACAAAACUAAGUAGUAAAAAACGAAAAUAGUUCAGUAGUUUAAAUAAGCAAGUCAUUAAAGCAAAACUAUUGAAUGAAGCUCUAAAAUAAACUGUAAAGAUACAUACAGAAAGCUUAAUAUAAACUUCAAACCUCCAGAACAACAACAAAAACAUAUAUCAAACGUCGUCUCCGAAUCAAAGAGAUCAAACAAUAAAACACAGACAAAAAGCAACAUUGUAAAAAACUAAAUCAAUCAAACCAAGUAGGCGCGCAAGCAGACAACCAAAAAAAUCCGGAAAUUGUUCUGCAGUCAGUGACGCGAAACUAGACAUAAACGCGCGACUAAAAUUCAGGCCCUAACAUUUCUCAACCCUGGUUUGGAAUUUGUCCAAAGAGAUAACAAAAAAGAUAAAAAUUGUCACACAAACAUGAUCCUUGAUAGAGAGAAAGUGGAGAAAGAAAACAAAAACAACUAACGUAAGACGUAAGCGAACAAACAAACAACAAAAUCGUGAAACCCAAGUUGUCGAUGCACUAAAGAAAACAAAGAAAGAAUUUAAAUUAAGGGGGUAAAAGGGGAAAAAUACUAAAUCCUAGUUAAUGAAACACAAACACAAAAAGAAGCCAUAAAGCCAUAUGGUUAAAUCUGCAGAAAAGCAAGAAAUUUAGACAUUCAUCAUCAUUACAUUUACUAAGGUAAGAAGGUAAACCAGCAAGAACAAAAAAAAACAAGCAAAUCAUAUUCACAGUUCCCCUUAAGCAUACAAUUUGUUAACACAGAAAAGAAAAGAAGAAGAAAAAACAUACACAAAAAGUGAAACAAACAAGCGAUCAUUAGCUACGUAUUACUGAACAAACAAGUAAUAGUAAUUUAAUGAUACAAAUAAAAUAAUUAAGAUUGCAUAGUUACAGAACACACACACACACACAAACAA